GCGCGUCGCAGUUAUGGACUCUGGUGAACUGCGGUAUAUAUACCUAUAUUCACCUCAGAUUCUUAUUGAUGUCAUUUUUAUAACCUUUUUUACUAUUACAGACUGUUUUAUAUGAAAAAUUUGUUAAGUAAUAUCUGUAUCAUGAGUUAAUGUUAAAAGUACUGACUGACGAUAUUUGAAUUAAUUUGUUCUUAAAUAAAUGUCUCAUUGACGUUGCAAAAAAGUACGACAACGAAUACACACUAAUUAAGCAAGAAUUAUGGAAAAAGAAGAAAUUUGUCUGUACUUUAACAGCAUUAUUAGAGAUGAAAAGCAUGUAUCUGCAGGAAUGGCUGCUAUUCGUACAUUACUUAAAGUCUUGGAAUACUCAAAAUCUGAAACAGUUCAAGAGCUUAGAUAUUGUCUGCAAAAUGCGAUAGAUGCUAUGAGAUCUACUGAAAAUCCUGUAACUGCUAUCGCAUCUGGUAGCGAAUUGUUUCUUCGUUUUAUCACUUUAGCUACAUUAGAUACACCGUCAUUUGCAGAAUGUAAAGGAAUAAUGCUUCACAGGGGAAUGAUGUUCUAUGAGAAAUUAGUGGCUGCAAGAGGAAAAGUUGCAAAAGUAGCAGCACAUUUUAUUAAGGAUGGUUCUAAAAUACUUACUCAUUCAAAAUCUAGAGUUGUAUUACAAGCAAUGAAGGAAGCUGCUGCGAGUAACAAAAUAUUUGAGGUGUAUGUAACUUCUUCUUCUCCAGAUAAUAGUGGCGAAGAAAUGUGCCAAAAUUUAACCAAAUUAGGUGUGUCUUGUACACUAAUAUUAGAUUCUGCAAUGGGAUAUGUAAUGGAACAGGUUGAUAUGGUUAUGGUUGGAGCAGAAGGUGUUGCAGAAAGUGGUGGUGUUAUUAAUAAGGUUGGCACAUAUACGAUGGCUAUGUGUGCAAAAGAAGUAAAAAAACCUUUUUAUGUGCUAACGGAGAGCUUUAAAUUUUCACGAAUAUAUCCUUUAAAUCAAGUCGAUCUACCAAAUGAAUUCAAGUAUACAGCAAGCACCCUAAAAAACGACUUACAAAAAGAACAUCCGUUAGUUGAUUAUACACCACCUCAUUAUAUUAGUCUUCUUUUUACCGAUUUAGGUAUUUUGACACCUUCGGCUGUAAGCGACGAACUUAUUAAGUUGUACUUAUAAGAAACGUAUGUACUAAUUACAACUUUAUCCAUUUUAAUGGGUUUAUUUUAAACUGUGGUACAUGUUACAUAUACAUUUAAGUUUAAUAAAAGUAUGAAAACGAUAUACAGUACAAAAGUUGAAGUAAAACUGCUUAUAUGAAGACAGUACAAAUUUAACAGUUUAACAUAAGAAAACUCGAGCUUUACAAAAAGUUUCAGCACAACAUUUAUUAAUUAAUGUUUAAAAUGAUAAUGAGUAUUGAAAAAUGAUAAUUAUUUUUGUUUACAUUAUUGUUCAAAAUAAUACAUAAUAAAAUAUGUAUUCAGUUGUCUUUCUGUUCUAUGAUAUGAAUUUUCAAUUGUUCCAUUCUGUUUUUUUUUUUUUUUUUAAAGUUAAUUUGCAUGCCUCACGCAGUAUGUAUACAUAUGUAUAUCACCAUGUCUAUGUAUAUGCAUAUCAUUUAAUGCAAUUGUACAUAAAGUAUACGCACUUUAAUAGUUAAACGUAUAUUGCAUAUUGCACAGCAACAAUGAACAUUAAUUUCAAUAAAAACAAAAAGUUCAUAAUACAAGUAUAAUGAAAAUUACGUUCUAGAAAUUUUAAAUCUUAGUACAUGUAUAAAUAUACAAAAUUUUCGGAUUCAUUUUCGUAUAGUGUAGUUCAAUAGAACGGAACAAGCAAUUGUAUAAAAAUAAACAGAAUAUAUAUAUAUAUAUGUAAUCAUGAAUUAAUAUUAUGUUAUUAGUUUUACUCUUUCUACAUUACGUUUUCUUCAACAUUUUUGUAACAGUAUCAUUAAACUCUGGUCUGGACAAAGAUUAAACAAAUUGAGUUUGAAAACAAAUGACUACCAACAAUUGAAGAAAUGAAAAUAUACGGUUUCUUUUUUAAUUGUCAAUUAUAAUACUGCGUUUGUAACAAGUAAAACUGGAUUAUGAUUUGGACGGACGAACAGUUUAAAAAAUUUGGACGCAAGAUUACUAAUAAAAAACAAACAAAAUGCGAAGAAUAAAAUACGAUACAGUGUCAUAGUACGCAAUAAUACAUAUUCACAUAAUUUUUUUCACAAUAAUAUAUGUAUAAACACAGCAGAAACGAAAAAUAUAUCUAUGAUUUACUGCGAAAA